GAGCGUGGCGCCAUGCAGGCGUUGCAGCGCAAUGGCGCGCCGUCGGCCCUCGAGGCGCUGCUUGCGGGUGCGAUAGGAGUGGAGGCCCUCCUGCAGUCGGCGCCGGGGUCGUCGUCCACCGCGUCGACGUCGUCGUCGUCGUCGUCACCGCCGCCACAACAGCAGCAGCAGGAGCCGAAACAGCAAGGGAACCACCACCAGCUACAACAACAACACCAUCACGAAGAAGACGACGAAGAAGAACGGCGGCGACAGCACCAGGAAGAGGCGAAGAGGGGUAAAGAGAACGGACAUGAUUGGGAAGCACCCCAUCAUCCAGAGAUUACUGCGGGUCUCAAUGAGUACGAAGACUCCAUCGACUUCAGCGACGCGAGUGUGGCUGACACAUCCUCCAUCGAUGAGACGCCGUACGACUACAUAGAGAGGCUCUGA